CAUGUUAUUUGAUUUUUUUCUCUCUCUCUCUCUCUCUCUCUGUUCUCCUUUUUGUGUGAUAUAUAUUAAAAACAAUUAAAAUUGGAAAAUAUCUAGAUCUUCAGGUUGUUAUUGGAUCUCUUCUGAUAAGUGUAAAUGGAUUUACAGUAACAAUCCCUGGAGAGGGACACGAUUAGUCUUCUAUUUUUGCUCAUUACAACCUAAAAACCUGUCUUAAAAUUGUACUUUUUUUUCUUUUUUCUUACAAAUUUUUUUCCUGUCUGGAUUUCGUUGGCCUUCUCCUGCGCUCUCUCUCUCUCUCUCUCGCUCGAUUCAGUUUGGGCGAGAUAGGGUUUAUCACCAGAUACCUUCUAAAAGCUUGUAUGUUUAUAGGAUCCGCAUAGAUCUCUCUUUAACCCAUCUGCAAAAAUGGUUCAAGAUCUUCCAAUGAACUGAAACUAGGGUUUCUAAAGUUAUGCUUAGACAAUAAAGCUCGAGACUUUGUGACCUUAACACAGAGCUGAUUACUAGAUAUGAUCAAACAGAUAUUUGGGAAGCUGCCUAGAAAGCCUUCCAAGUCAUUGAACAAUGACUCCAACGGUGAAGGAGCUGUUAACUCCUAUUACGCCCCAAACCCAUCAGCUUCUGGUUCUCGUCUACCAAAUGGGACUCUUGCUCCUAACUCUAACAAGAACAUUCAAGCUGGAGCCUUUCCACCUUCUGGUGUUGUAUACGAGGCCUUGCCUAGCUUCAGAGAUGUUCCCAUCUCCGAGAAACCUAAUCUCUUCCUCCAGAAGCUGACCAUGUGCUGCGUUGUAUUCGACUUCAGAGACCCCUCCAAGAAUCUCAAGGAGAAAGAGAUUAAGAGGCAGACACUCCUCGAGCUCGUUGACUACGUCGCAUCAGUUGGCGUGAAGUUUAACGAAGCUGCGAUCCAGGAGCUGACCAAGAUGGUAGCUGUGAAUCUCUUCAGAACGUUUCCUUCAGCUAACCACGAGACUAAGAUCCUGGAGAUGCACGAUUUGGAAGAUGAGGAGCCUUCCUUGGAGCCGGCUUGGCCUCACAUUCAAGUCGUCUACGAGAUUCUCCUCAGGUUCGUGGCGUCUCCCAUGACUGACGCAAAGCUCGCAAAGAGAUACAUUGACCACUCUUUCGUCUUGAAGCUCUUAGACUUGUUUGAUUCCGAAGAUCAAAGAGAGAGAGAGUAUCUGAAAACCAUUCUCCACCGUGUUUACGGGAAGUUCAUGGUGCAUAGGCCUUACAUCAGAAAGGCGAUAAACAACAUCUUCUACAGGUUCAUCUCCGAGACUGAGAAGCAUAACGGUAUCGCGGAGUUGCUGGAGAUUCUUGGGAGUAUAAUCAAUGGGUUUGCUUUGCCUUUGAAAGAAGAGCAUAAGCUCUUCCUUGUCCGUGCUUUGAUCCCUCUCCACAAGCCUAAAUGCGCGUCGGUCUAUUACCAGCAGCUCUCUUAUUGCAUUGUUCAGUUUGUGGAGAAAGACUUCAAGCUCGCGGAUUGCAUUAUCAGAGGCCUGCUAAAGUAUUGGCCUGUGACUAACAGCUCUAAAGAAGUUAUGUUUCUUGGUGAGUUGGAAGAAGUCUUGGAAGCAACUCAAGCUGCUGAGUUUCAACGUUGUAUGGUCCCUUUGUUCCGACAGAUAGCUCGUUGUCUCAACAGUUCACAUUUCCAGGUUGCUGAGAGAGCAUUGUUUCUAUGGAACAACGAUCACUUAAGAAACCUGAUCACUCAGAACCAUAAAGUGAUCAUGCCUAUAGUCUUCCCAGCUCUAGAGAGGAACACGCGUGGACAUUGGAACCAAGCGGUUAAGACUCUGACUCUAAACGUGAGGAAAGUGUUCUCCGACGUUGACCAAGCUCUCUUCGAUGAGUGUUUAGCUAAAUUCCAAGUGGAAGAAGAGAAUAAGACAGAGCUUAAAGCGAACCGGGAAAGAACAUGGAAGAGGUUAGAAGAUUUGGCGGCUUCAAAGACCAAUGAGGCAGAGCUGGUCCCAAGAUUUGUGUCCUCGGUGAAUCUUGCAAGCAGCUCUGAGUCCUCAGGGUAGGUACUGUGGUUUCUGAUCUGUUAUGUCAGCUUAUACUUUAAUGGUAACGAUACGGAUUCGGGUUUGAGUUGUUGAAUCGGUUUUCUUGAGGCAACCAAGAAGAUAGAGAGAGAGGAGUGUGAAGUAUCUCAAUUCUCAUCAUUGAAUACUUUUAACAGCUUUUUUGUGUAUGGGUUGGUUUACUUUGUUGGUUGCUUGUGAUCUUCUUCUUCCGGGAAUGGGCAAAACAGCAUACUUUAUGUACUGUAAGAAACUAUAGGGAUGGCUCUUGAGAGACGAAUGUAUAAUUAUUUUGUUUAA